GCCGCUUUUGGGAGACAAGUUGGCCAAGGGAUGCGUCUGCCGUGAUGGCGCUGCAGCUGAGGAACGGUGAUGCGGCGUAUUAUCCGAGCGCACAAUACUGCAGGACUUACACCUCGUCCGCUGUCGGCUACAGGGGCAGCGGCCAUUAUCUGUCCCGUUUGCCAGGUCCGGAGAGCAUGCUGAAGCCCGCUCUCAGCAUCUUCGGCCACGCCCAGCGGCCUUUUCAACACAUGGACUCCCUGCGCCAGCUGGGACCUCCACCGAUGGUGCCUACGCAGCCUCUCGGCCCGCCGCCGGUCAUCCCUACCGCGGCGAUCGGACGGCCAACCGUGGUUGGCGCCCAGACUCUAGUGCCACCUCCCAUGGCUGCUGCUCACACAAUGAGACCUCCUCCCAUUGCCCCCGUCCAUAGUUUAGGUCCGCCGCCAUUGGUUCCGGCUCGGCCUCUCGGGCCGCCUCCUUUGACGCACACCUUGGGACCGCCAUCUCUGGACCCCUCACAAGCAAUGGUGCCUCCAUCUUUAGAGCUCACACAACCGCUGGGGCCUCCCCCUUUGAACCACGCACAUGCGUUGGUUCCCCCCGUGCCUACCGGAGUCAACGGAUUCCCCCUGCCACCCAGCCCCUUGUCCUCCCCGCUAAUCCCGAGCCCAGAAGUCUCACAACUGCCCCUAAGACCCGGACCUCCCCUCAUCUCAUCCCCAGUGUCCGCUCUUCUACCGGGUCCUCUUCCGGGUCAGGCAGCCCCAGUCGGCGAACAGCCCAAGGAAGAGGGCUCUCCUCUGGGUAGGGAAGAGCAGGAGGACGCACCCGCUCUGGAAGAACUUUGCAAACCUUUGUACUGUAAACUCUGCAACGUUACCGUCAACUCGGCUCAGCAAGCACAGGCUCACUACCAGGGGAAGAACCACGGUAAAAAGUUGCGGAAUUUUCGAGCUGGCAGUCAGCAGCCACCAGCCAUCAGGAUCCCCGAAGUCCUGGAGGCAGCCGGACAGACAAACCUCAUCUCAGGAUCCAGUGACACUGAUGCUACGAGGCAGGCGUUCUACAAGGGGCCCACCCGGGUCAUUUUGGCCACAGAGAAUGACUAUUGUAAGCUGUGCGACGCCUCCUUCAGCUCCCUCUUAGUUGCACAGGCGCACUACCAGGGCAAGAACCACGCAAAGAAACUCCGCCUGGCCGAGGCCCAGCAGAACACCGGUAACGUGGACUGUAGUCGCGAAGUAAGCCCAAAAAGGACCUGGAAGGAUGGCAACGAGUACAGACUGGUGAAAAAUCGCCGUAGCCCACAGCUUCCUACCUCCAUGCAAGGGCCGUACUACAACCCCAGACCGAGGCAGCGGAUCCCCCGAGACUUAGCCAUGUGCGUGACCCCCAGCGGACAGUUCUACUGCUCCAUGUGCAACUGCGGCGCCGAACAAGAAACGGACUUCCGACAGCAUUUGGAAAGCAAGCAACACAAAGCUAAAGUGUCCGAGUGGAGGUACCGCAACGAGAUGGAGAACUUGGGCUACAGCUAAGAGGACGGCGGGGGAGGGAGGGGGUUGGGGGGGGGGGGAGACAACGAGGAAAAACACAGCAACAGUGUGACACCAAAGUGGUAGACAGAAAAUAUUUGUUGUGGGCAUUUUACUGAGGGAUUUGUGUCAAAAUGGACACUUUUAAAAUCCCCAUAAGACCAAAAAAAAUUUGCAAUUGACCUUGGUUUUUGUCUAACUCAGGAUGCGGAAGAAUCGAAAGACGUCACGUAGCUUCAGCGCACCGGAUGUUAACGCGAUUGGUUAGAUUAACCAAGAAAAAAAAAAAAUAUAUCGUCUGAUGUAGCCUCGGAACGGGAUCAAAUCCAAAGCACAACCGAGAUCGCGUGGCGGGAAGGCGGCACUUGACGUGUGAUGUGUGAAUUUGUUGACCUUUGCUGACCUUGAGCGGUCCUUUGAUUCAGGCUUCACCCGAGCUGGCCUUGUUUGUGCCUUCAGCCGUAAGGUAAAAGGAAAUAUGACACAGAAGCUUUGAACAAGCGCCCUGGUAAUGUAUUUAAGAUUAGCGAUGAGUUUUCUGUAUUCUUGCGCAAUGCUUUCUAUAUGAAAUCAUGUUCAAAUCGCUGAUUAAAUUGCGUUAGGUCUGUUGUGUGUAUAUAAAAGGAAGUAGGUACACUGAAAAGGCGGUGUGGUCAAUUUACUCCAUUUUUAUUUCAUCAGGUGGUUACGUAAAAUACGAUGAUCUGGAUCCAGAAGUGUUUUUUUUAAGUAAAUGUAUCGUCUGCUUAAAAAAAAAAAUGGUGAGGGUUGAAUGAUUUUAGUUCAGGCAACCGCUUGAGGCAAUAAAAUGGAGUAAAUUCGACAAAACCUUUUUUGUUGUUUUU